AUGGAUGUGUUGAAGCGCCGACUGGACCAGAGUAGCUAUGUGAAAUUACUGGGUGUGGUCGAAAAAUGCUGUGUUGCUCCCUUGGCGAAGCUUUGGACCUCACAGCCUUCCGUCGUUGCUUGGAAUAGCGGAGCGAAUGGCUAUCCGACACCCUCCGUGCCUCACAGAGCCUCUGUCGUUUUUGCAGGCUCCUUCAAUCCACCGCAUUCUGGCCACGUGGAAAUUAUCCGCUAUUUGUCAAAAGCAUUCUCUGAGGUGCAUGUAGUCAUUGGCGUGAACCCCAGCAAGAUCUAUCCUGUCAGCCCUGAGACACGUAAAGAGAUAGUGGAGCAAGCCCUGUCUUCGAUUGGGGCCACAAAUGCCAAAGUGUGGAUAUGGGGCGACGUAGUUUUCAAGCUCGCCAAGCAGCUCGGUGCUACCGCUUUGUACCGUGGCAUUCGCACUUUGCAGGAGGAUGGGAAAGCCGAGAGAUACCUGGAGGUUCAAAACAUUUGUUGGCCUAUGAUCUCUUCAUGUGGGGCGCCCAUGAGAACCUUCUACAUUGAGGGCCCUCCAAAAUUUUCAUGUGUGAGCUCUACAUUGCUGCGUUCCCGUUUGAAAUCUGGGGAGCGCAUUGAUGAUAUUGUGCCGGCAUGCGUGGCAGACGUGGUGAGGAAUGCCUACGAUGGAAAACUUUGA